UGGAGAGGGUGGGGGGAGAGAUAAGAGAGAGAAGAGGAAAAGGAGAGAGGAGAAGGAAGGAAGAAGAAGGAAGGAAGGGGACAAUACGAUCAUGCUGUGCUGUAUGAGAAGAACAAAACAGGUUGAAAAAAAUGAGGACGGAGACCAAAAGAUUGAGCAAGAUGGCAUCAAACCAGAAGAUAAAGCUCAUAAGGCAGCCACCAAAAUCCAGGCCAGCUUCCGCGGACACAUAACGAGGAAAAAGCUCAAGGGAGAGAAGAAGGGAGAUGCCCCAGCAUCUGAGACUGAUGCCGCCGACAAGAAGGAGGAAGGCCCUGCCGGCGGAGCGGCCGAGAACAAAGAAAGCGAGGCUCCUGCUGCCACAGAAGCAGGCGCCGCUGACAGUGCCCAGCAGGAGGAGGGCAGCAAAGACAGCAGCGCGCCAGCGGAGGAGAAAAAAGGAGACGGAGCCGCCGACACGGGCUCAGAGCAGCCAGCCCCACAGGCUGCCACUCCCGCUGCCUCCUCGGAGGAAAAGACCGCUGCUGCCGCUGCCCCCGAAAGGGAAAGUGCCACUAAAGCUUCCACUGAUAACUCGCCGUCCUUGAAGGCUGAAGAAGCCCAAGACAAAGAGGAGCCUAAACAAGCCGACGUGCCUGCUGCUGACACCACUGCCACCACCACCCCUGCCGCAGAGGAUGCUACUGCCAAGGCAACAGCGCAACCCCAAAUGGAGACAGUGGAGAGCAGCCAAACCGAAGAGAAGACAGAUGCUGUAGAAGAAACCAAACCUACUGAAAGUGCCCAGCAGGAAGAGGUGAAAGAAGAAGAGAGCAAGGCGGACCAAGAAAAUGCCUGAACAUUAAGAAAUGACUCCCCACUGCCCCUCCCUCCCUCCCCCUAUCCUCUAUCCUUCCUUCCCACCCCAAUCUCGAUUUUCCCCCUUCCUGCUCACAUCUGUGAGCCUGUGUCUGUCCCUCUCCCAUUACCACUUAAACCCUUUUUCUCUCUGUGUGGCAAACAUUUAAAGAAAAAAAAAAAAAAGCAGGAAAAAUCCCAGUCAAACAGUGUGGCUUAAACAUUUCUUUGUUUCUUGGUGUUGUUAUGGCAAGUUUUUGGUAAUGAUGAUCCAAUCAUUUUGGGAAAAUUCUUGCACUGUAUCAGAGUUCUUUGACCUGGCGCGUGCGUGUGUCUGUCUGCCCACUGCGAGCGCUCGCUCUCUCUCUCUCUCUCCUCUCUCUCUUCUCCAAGUGCGUGUGUGUGCAAUGUUACGUUCAUCUGAGGAGUCCAGACUUACCGAGUGAGUUAAAACAAAAGAAAGGGGAAAAAAAGGUUCUUUUCUUCCUUUUUCAAUGUGAUGGAAUGAACGAAAGAAAAAACAAACAAAAGACCAAACACAACAAACAAAUGAACAAAAAAGAGUACUAAACCCCAGUUUGUUUUCAGAACUAAAGUAACAACUAGAAAAUGUGCCAAUUAGCGUAAUGCUUGGCUCCAGGCUCCUUUUUCAAACUGAACAAUAAUUAUAAUAAAUGAGAAUAAUUAUCAUUAAUACCACCGUGUCGCAUUUCUAUGCUGCUGUACAUCCUGCUAAACUGUGGUCUUUGGUGGGCCACUUCUUGUGUGGCCCAGCUGUGCUCCUUGGCCACAAGUCAGUGACUGUCUGCUCUCCUUGGCACUGCUGAAGGGAUUUUAAGGGGAGCAGGCUUGGAGUUUGAGCGAGAUGUUAGCACUUACUAACAUAAAUAAUGAAAGUAGCAAGAUCAGUUUUAGGAAAGAUCAUUGAAAGCAUCUCUCUAGGAGACCUCCAAGCCCUGAUUUGGGGAACUGUGCUGACCUUGGAGGUAUGAGCCUGUAGAGGGACCAGCUUUGAUGUAUGCCCAAGGUCUAACCCCUGCCAAGGGCUGUGCCAAGGGCUGUGAGGAGACAGGGCCCUAGGAACUCAUCUUCUUACCACAGUAGGAUGAUGCUCAUCCCAUUGGGCUGGAGUCGACGUCCUUGAGUAGCAUAGCGUGACCCCCCAAAAAUGUUCUGUUUGGCAAAAUGAAUUGGGCCAAUUGUUAUUCAAUAUGUUAUUCAAUAUUUAUUGAAUAAAUAGGCACACAGGCAGGACAAGGCCUGGUGGCCUAGGAGCCAGUUGGUGGCACUUUGAGAAAUACCUCAUUCCUGCUCCUGCUGAACCCAGGGUGUUUCACCCAGCUCUAAGGAGGGCCAAGGCUUUCAGCUGUCAUUUAUGGCUGUAAGCAGAGCCCCACCUCCUAAAUCUCUGCCACUGCUUCCCACAGGUUGUGGGGCUGUUCCCUGGUGCCACCCGGCCUGUCCCAGUGGAACACUGACAGACACCAAAUCCCGAGCUUGUGCAGCCAUCUGGGUCUGCUGCUGUCUUUAUGAGCUGUGAGAGAAAACAGUUAAAAUACAUUUAGUAAUAUCUGGGCUUUCAUAAAAGCUAAUUGCUGCUCUUUUACUGCCCUGAUUUUUUUAAUGUGCUUUCCCAGCAGCUCCUGUAUGGUUUCCUGGCCUCAUUGGCAAUGACAGCCAGAGUACCCUGCAGCAUAGCUGUGUGAUGCUGCAGGACCAGGAUUAAAUUGUCCUCACAGCAGGAAGACCAAAGGAUGGGAAUGCUGACAGCUCCAACGUCCUUUGGUGGCUGAUGUUUCUUGGAGUGGCAGCCCCAUGGCCUUCAGAGGGCUGGCUUGCACUCCUUGUCCUACUCCUUUGUUCUCCUCCAUCUCUUUGUUGGAAAUAGGGAGAAAAGAUAAACAGUGUCUCCUCAGAAAUGGUCACAAUGAACGUAGACUGCCCACUGGAAGUGCCAUCAAAACACGUCAGAAUUCAUUUCCGUGUGCUUCCUGGCAUUCUGUAGAAAUAAGAGAGAGAGAGAUAGGGAGGGUUUUUUCUAAAGAGAGGGAAAGAGAGAGUGGGAGAUAGAUUGGACAAAGAUUUUUAAAAACAGGGAUUAGAGAGAUGAGGGGAGAAAAGAUUUUUGAGUGGAUAGAUGGAUGAUAGGGAGAGAGAGGGGAGUAUAGCUAGAGAAAGAAAGAUUAGAGUGCAAAAGAUGAGAGAGAGACAGGAAGAAAUUAGAUAAUAUGGAGCAAUAGAUGAUUGAUAGAGAUAGUGAAACAUAGAUAGCUAAAGUAGAUUAGACAGACUAAAUAGGUAGAAAGAUGGGCUGACUGACAGAUAGGUAUUGUGUCAUACUUCAUAAAUGAUAUAUAUGCUAAUAUUCCCAUGUCAUGAUGGGUGGUAAACCCUGAGACACCUUCCAGCCUGACCUCAAUUUGGCAAAUGUAGCGCAGACAUCAGGCAUUGCUUGGACCGUAUGUCAGGUCUCACCAGCCGGCCCGUGCCUGCCACAGCAGCAGCAGGGUGUGGAUGGUGUUGGGAGGGAGAGCUCUGAGGGACACGGGGCCGAGGCCUAGGGAGGAGAGGUGUACACUAUGUUUGCUGUUCGUAGCACACAAGGGGCCCAGCCCAGCGCAGAUGGUGCAGACACCCCGUGUCUCUAGCACCAAGUUGAGAGAACUGAGGUUCAGCUCUCAGGAUUUGUGGGAGAGGUGUUUGGGAGGAGGCAGGAAGGAGGGGCCAUGUUUUUUGUUUGGCCUUAUCUCCUGUCAUGACCAUUUUAAAAAGUUUUCUGUCUUGCCUGUUUCUGCAAAGACCAUGUGGCUUCCCCGCUCUUCUGAUUUCAGACUCCAAAGUUUUCAUCUUGCCUCCACUUUGCUAUUACUAUUUUUAACUUUAUAAGGAAAAGAAAACCACUUCUCAUGUCUUCCUGGACACAGGCCUUCCUCCCUCCUCAAAAAAUUAAACAGCUUUCUCUCCCCAGGGACAUUUUACCUUUGUAUGUCGCAUGUUGCCUCCCCUUUGGCCGAUGGUUGGGGCAUCACGCGUGUUUUGUCACCAUUAGUAAGAACACACUUUGCCAUGUUGCUUAGAGAACAAAGGGUUGGGUUUUGUGUUUUGGUUUUUCCCCCCACAAAGAGAACAGGAUAUGUGGUUACCAACUGCAAACCUAAGUAAUUUAAAUACUAAUUCCUCUCCCUUGGUUCCAAUAUAAAAUUACUGGCUGUAACCAAGCACUCCCUAUCUUUAUUAUUGUACCGUGUCCUGAUCCUGCCAGAGAGUCAGGGCAAAGAGAGCGUGAGAGAGAGCACAGAGACAAACCCUGCCUUGAGCAGGCAGUGGUUUAAUGUGUAAUACACAAGAUUUGUAUAGGAAGCUGGGCUGUCUUCAGGGUACAGGAAGAGAGCAGAGAAAAGCAUUUGGAUUUCCUUGAGUUGCCUCUUCAGCUAGAUUUUCAAAGGCUAAAAGGAAACACUAUAAAGGAUGCAGCAUGGGAUAGAAACUGGAAAGAGAACAAGGGUAUUUGAGGAAUGAUUUUUCUAGCAAGACAUCAAGUAAGCUGAAAGCAGAAGAUGCAGGAGGUCCCAGAAGUAAAGAGUGGGGCAGAGUCAUCAGCAGAGUGGUUGAAGCUUUUCUACUACUCCUGCUGUAACAACCUACAGGAAUUCCCCAUGGAGUAUAUGUCUAAUUCUCUCUCUCUGAAGAGGAUAUAGGUUUGCCUGGAGGUGCCUGUGGUUGUUAUUUGGUGUAAGAAAAGGGCAGGGCAUUUCAGAGUCACUCACACUGGGAAUAUGGUGCCUGACCUCAUCAUGCAGUGCUGUGGAAAUUCAGAGUCCUAGAGGGGCUUUUUCCAUGUCCCUGUUGUAAGAUACACUAGUGACCCACAGCUAUCCUGAAUGCUCCUACCAGCUGUAGCUCUUGACAUUUCACUACUACAUUUCACUAGACUAAGCUUUGAAGAAGUGAAAAAAAUUCCAACAUAAACUCCCCACCAAUGCAGUAGAUUGUAAGCAUGAAUUCAGUCUGCUUUGCAAUGCUUGUGCCAUUCUGGCUGCCUUUACUGAUAGCAGAUGAAACCCCACAACCCUUGCAAUAGUUGCAUCAGCCAGGGAGCUUUUCUGUGAAUCACAUUCCAAAGGGAGGGGAAGGGCAUCCUUCUGAGAUCCCUUCAGACCCAGUGCUUUCCAAUCCUAAACGCUCAUGCAGCCCCAUGAGAGGCUUUAGCCAUAAGGAACUCACUUGUAGUGACCACAUAAACAGCAUUGCUUGGGAAACAUGUUACUCUAGAUAAAAGAAAUAGCCAUGACUGAUGGAGAGGAAUUUAGAAAAAAAGGAAAGAAGAAAAAAAGGAAGAGGGAAUUCAUACCAAACUCCCCACAGGAGUUAUUUCUUUUUUUUCUGUGGUCUCCAAACAGCAAACUAGCACUUGUGAGUUUUCAUACUGAAGGUCUGUUGCUUGUCUUAGGAAGGAAAUGGAGUGGCUGUGGUUGGCAGAGGUGGAAGGAAGGGUUUGAAUGAAUGUUUUUGUGGUUCCUCUUGGCUAAGAAGUCUGCUUGGUGGUCACCUGCAGCUCAGUGGCACCACAGGUGACGUUGGGGGUCCUCUUCCAGGCCUGUGCUCAGAUUCCCUGCUUUUCUGCAUUGCCACAUUAGCACUUUCACUGGAUAUUUAGAGCACCUCAGGACUGGUUCUCCUCUCGCUCACACUGGGGUAACUCAGGAGUCGCUCCACUGGAAGCAGUGGUGUUAAUCUGGUGUGAAAAUAAUGCGAGAGGAGGAUUCAACUCCUCGGGGGGGGAUUUUCCAGGUCCCCGAGGGGGAAAAAAAAUCAAUGGGAGUUACAUGUUUAACUGCCACUUGUGCCUGUGAAAGUCUGCCCCUUAUCUACCUAUAUGUAUAUAGGGUACAGUUUUCAGAAUAACCUAAGUGACAUGGGCACUUGAGAGCACACAUUUCACUGGCUUUCAAAGAGAUGCAAGUUCCUAAGGCCCAGAUGCUGAAGGAUGUCCAAACUCCUCUCUGCGGCGCAUUUGGGGGUCUCAGGCCUGAAAUCCUCCAGUAACUUCCCAAAAUGGAACUGAAGAUCAUGAGUCAUUUAGGUGGUCCUGAAAGCGCUACCCUCUAUCCAUUUUUCAGGGUGUUGAUCUCAGGUCAUGUGCGAGCCUGCAUUCUUACCUACAAUGCUUUAUUACUACAUUCUUCUGUUGAGCAAUACUUGGAAGAAGAGGUGAAGGUCGAGAUUUGCAGAACAGGCUAGUAACCCCAGUGGCUCACAUCUGGAGUGCCCAACUUGAGAGACACCUCACUGGGGUCCAAGCCACAGGUCCCCUGUAUGCUCUGAACAUCAAGAUUCAUGUAUUACACACCCAGAACCACUGGUCACUUCUAAAAAAUCAGAAAUCCCAGCCUGAGACCUAGACUACUCUCACAAAAGAAAAUCCCAGGUGAACUGUUCACCCGAUAGCUUGGUUUUUCUGCUCAUGCCUGUUCCCAAUAAAUAAAACAAAUCCCUGUGCAUCACCUAAGCCCUAUUUUGAGGAGUUCCACUGGCAUACAGCUGAAGUAACACAGUAAUAAAUCGGGGCCUGAAGAAGGUGGCUACAGCCUAGAGAGUAUCAAGAACUGUGACGUGUCUGGAAGAUAAAAAGAGCAGAACUUGACAAUUAGAGCGGCCCAUUUCCGAUGCUCUUGUGUGAGGAUCUGGAAAGAGUCUCUCACUCAUUGUACUUGUGCAUUAUGAAUGUGUCCAUCUGCAGAGAUCUAAUGUACACAUAUGUCCUGAAUAUUGUCCUAAGGUUGCAAGCUUCAAAAAUGAGCAGAAAACAUUCCCGAGAAGUGAGAAUAAUACAGAUGUCUGUAUUUGAAAAAUUGGUUCAAAUAAAGUCUCUCACUUAUAAAUUC